AUGGCACCCUCCUCCAUUGACUUUGUCUCUUUGGGCAUGAUUGUCCUGGAUGAACUGCGAUUGCCAGAUGGCAGGGUUCUUCAUGACUGUGUAGGAGGUUCUGGUGCUUACAGCACCCUAGGCGCACGUCUGACAGCAGCAGCUCAACCCGACACUGUCGGCAGUCUCAUUGUUGCUGGUAACGACUUUCCCGACGCAGUUGCUGAGCUCAUCCGCAGCUGGGGCGUCUCACUGGAUUUCAUCGUGAAGGACGGGAAAUCCACACGAGGACUUCUAGAAUACCAUGAUGCAGUUUUUGGCCGCAAAUCCUUCCGUUAUCUGACCGAGCCGCUACAGCCCGUCGCGAGCUCCUUGACGCAGGAGCUGCUCUCGUCGCGCUCUUUCCACAUGCUGUACCGCCCAGCACAGCUAGUUACAGAAGUCAAGCAACUGAAAUCUUUGAGAUCAGCCUUGGGCGUAGCUGAGAUCCCGGUGAUUGUUUGGGAGCCAUUUCCGGCCCUGUGCUCGUUAGCCAACCUGCAAAUUCACAUCGAAGCAUGCAAGGAGGUGGACAUAUUCUCACCUAACCAUCACGAACUACUCGGACUAUUCCAUCGGGCAGCUGAACCAUUUGACUUCAAAGUUAUUGAAUCAUGUGCAAGGCAGAUACUGAAUGAGACAGACUUGACGACCACAAGCAAGAGACACUAUGCCGUCGUUGUGCGUGCUGGAGAACAUGGUUGUCAUAUUGUGUCUCAACAGUCUACGUUCUGGCUGCCGCCGUUUUAUACAGACAGCUCCAGUGUCGUCGAUGCUACUGGAGGCGGCAACACCUUUCUUGGUGCAUUUGCUAUUACUCUUGCGAGGACGAGCGACAUAAGGGCGGCUGCGAUUGCCGGCAGUGUAGCGGCUAGCUUUGCUAUCGAGCAGAUUGGGAUACCGCACCGCACUACAGAAAAUUCGGAAGAACUCUGGAACAGUAAAGGGGUACUGCGACGCUUUGAGGAUUACACUACAAGAUUGAAAUGA